AUGUCCCUUUUAUCGCGAAAUCUUUAUCUACUAAGUUUUACAGGUCUAUGGAGACCAAUAACAUGGAAUGGAUGGAAAGCACAGCUUUACAACAUGUAUACUUUGAUCGUAACUCUUUCAAACUUAUUAUUUGUAAUUUCUGGACUAAUGGCUAUAAGCAUCAAAAACAAUACGCUUCAAGUGAUCGUUGAUAAUGUUUCUAUAAUUCUUGUUGUAUCACUCAUAUGGGCUAAAAUUUCUUGUGCUGUUAAUUCUCGUAGACUCAUUUUAAAUGCUAUUCACCGUCUAAACAAUCGACCCUAUAUGCCUCAAGAUCAAGAAGAACAAAUGAUUCAUGAUCGAUACGAUCGUUAUGCUAAAUUUAGAAUUCUUAUUAUAACUCUAAAACAAUUAUGCUAUACAAAAAUGAUUGAAGCUCAUAGAAACACAAUUCAACGUAAAUUAAUUUGUAACUGGGUCCAAAAUCACCUAGAACUUUUAAAUUUUGUUCAAUACAUCAAUUUUAUAUUUUCCCAAGUAAUAUUUUUGCAAUAUACCAUCAGUUCACUGAUGCUUUGUACUGUAGUCAAAGUUUUAACCUCGACUUUGGUUACUUCUGUAGAUUUCGUUGGGAACAUUUUUGUGGUUCUUGCUGUGAUAGAACAAAUAUUUGUCCAAUGCUAUGCAAUUAAUCAAAUGAUUCUAGAGGUAGAAAUUUUAGAUAAAUGA